UGAGAAACUGCGUCUCCCAAACCCCGGGAAAGCCGAUGACAUCGUCAGUUGGCUGAAGAAGCGCACGGGCCCAGCUGCGGCCACCCUGAGCGAUGCUGCUGCAGCGGAGGCGCUGGUGGAGUCCAGUGACGUGGUUGUGAUCGGCUUCUUCAAGGACUCGGCAUCAGAGGCUGCAAAGGAGUUCUUGUUGGCAGCAGAGGCUGUGGAUGACAUUCCUUUUGGGAUUUCCUCUAGUGCUGAUGUCUUCACCAAGUAUGAGCUUAGCAAGGAUGGCGUGGUCCUCUUCAAGAAGUUUGAUGAAGGCCGCAACAACUUUGAAGGGGAUCUCACAAAAGAUAAUUUGCUGAACUUCAUCAAGUCCAAUUCGUUGCCUCUGGUCAUAGAGUUCACUGAACAGACUGCUCCUAAAAUCUUUGGAGGGGAGAUCAAGACUCACAUCCUGCUGUUCCUGCCAAAAAGCGUGUCUGACUAUCAGGAGAAGCUCGACAACUUCAAGAGUGCAGCUGGGAACUUCAAAGGAAAGAUCCUCUUCAUCUUCAUAGACAGUGACCACAGCGACAACCAGAGAAUUUUGGAGUUCUUUGGCCUGAAGAAGGAAGAAUGUCCAGCUGUGCGCCUCAUCACCCUGGAGGAGGAGAUGACCAAAUACAAACCAGACUCUGAUGACCUCACAGCUGACAAGAUCAAAGAGUUCUGCAACAAGUUCCUGGAGGGCAAAAUCAAGCCUCACCUGAUGAGUCAGGAUCUUCCUGAUGACUGGGACAAGCAGCCUGUCAAAGUUCUAGUUGGGAAGAACUUUGAAGAAGUUGCUUUUGACGAGAAUAAGAAUGUCUUUGUGGAGUUCUAUGCCCCCUGGUGUGGUCACUGUAAGCAGCUGGCUCCAAUCUGGGACAAGCUGGGAGAGACCUACAGGGAUCACGAGAACAUUGUCAUUGCCAAGAUGGAUUCUACAGCCAAUGAAGUAGAGGCAGUGAAAAUCCACAGCUUCCCCACGCUCAAGUUCUUCCCUGCAGGCUCUGGCAGAAAUGUAAUUGACUACAAUGGGGAGAGGACGCUGGAAGGCUUCAAGAAAUUCUUGGAGAGCGGAGGUCAGGAUGGGGCAGCAGCUGAUGAUGAUCUGGAGGACCUGGAGACUGAUGAAGAAACAGACCUUGAGGAAGGUGAUGAUGAUGAGCAGAAAAUGCAGAAGGAUGAAUUGUAAAGAGAAGACUGAUUGACAUCACCCAAAAAAAUCAGACACUAAAUUGGCUGCUGUUACGCAGCCCAGUGAGUCAGAACCAUUGAGAUUUAAAGCAGAAGGUGAAUGACUGGAAGUCCAGGGAUUGGCUUUUUAAAGUAACACUUUCCCCUCACUUGUCUGUACACUCGACUCUUUUCUUUUUGGCUUUUGAGAAGGGAUCUGUCACCAGGGAGCCGGCCCCGCUGCGCUCCUCCUUAUCAGGAUGUACUUUUUUUGUACACAGCUUUUGUUUGAAGUAUUCUGCUCUUCUGGGUAGAAGCUGAUUGUGAAGCCACAGCACGAGCUCAGUGGCUCAACAUCCUGGAGCUUUGCCACUAAUUUCUCCCAAGAAAGCUUUUUUCCUUGUUUCCUUUAAAACUAAAGCCUGUAGCUGAUUUCUGCACCUGGCAGGGUCCUUAAUGCUCUCAGCAGCUCUUCCCUGGAA